AUGGCAAGUUUAGAGGAUUUAAUCCCCACUGUAAAUAAGUUACAGGAUGUGAUGUACGAGUCUGGUAUCGAUACUUUAGACCUACCUGUGUUGGCUGUUAUAGGUUCCCAAUCUUCUGGGAAAUCAUCUAUUUUAGAAACUUUGGUUGGUAAAGAUUUUUUACCAAGAGGUACAGGUAUUGUCACUAGAAGACCUUUGGUUUUACAAUUGAAUAAUAUUCCAGUAGACUCUCCAUUAAUCAAUAGCAAUAAUGCUAAGAGUAGUAGCAACAGUAAUAAUGAUGAUGAUAGAAAAACUCAUAGAACUGAAGAUUCAGACACUGAAAGCAUUGAUGAUGAAGAUGAAGAUUAUGAAAUGACUUUGGAAGACCAUUUGAAAAUUAAUAAUGGAGGUUCCAAGACGAAUGGUAUAAAGAAUAAGAAUAAUAAUUCUAAGGGAAAAAAAGAUGAAUGGGGUGAAUUUUUACAUAAACCUGGAAAACGUUACUACGAUUUUAAAGCUAUCAAAAGGGAAAUCGAAAAUGAAACAGAAAGAAUUGCUGGUAAAAAUAAAGGUAUUAGUAAGAUUCCUAUUAAUUUAAAGAUAUAUUCCCCACAUGUUUUGAACUUGACAUUAGUAGAUUUGCCAGGUAUUACAAAGGUUCCUAUUGGCGAACAACCUCCUGAUAUUGAAAAGCAGAUCAGAAAUCUGAUCUUGGAUUAUAUUGCUACUCCAAAUUGCAUAAUUUUAGCAGUAUCCCCAGCCAAUAUAGAUUUAGUAAAUUCAGAAUCAUUAAAAUUGGCUAGAGAAGUUGAUCCAAUAGGGAAAAGAACUAUCGGUGUUAUUACAAAAUUGGAUUUAAUGGAUUCGGGUACUCAUGCCUUAGAUAUUUUAUCUGGAAAGUUGUAUCCUUUAAAAUUGGGAUUUGUUGGUGUAGUGAAUAGAUCUCAACAAGAUAUUCAACUCAACAAAUCGGUAGAAGAAUCAUUGGCAAAUGAAGAAGAAUACUUUAGUAAGCAUUCAGUGUAUAGAACAAUCUCGAACAGAUGUGGUACGCGUUACCUUGCCAAAACAUUAAAUCAGAUUUUGGUUGCUCAUAUUAGAGAAAAGUUACCUGAUAUCAAAGCUAGAUUGAGUACACUGGUAGGUCAGACUGAAGAAGAACUGGCUUCUUAUGGUGAUAUAGGAAUGAUAGCCAAUGAAAAUAGAGCAGGUUUGAUUUUACAAUUAAUGAAUAAGUUUGCAUCAAAAUUUAUCUCUUCUAUAGAUGGUACUUAUUCAGAUAUAGGCACUAAAGAAUUAUGUGGUGGUGCUCGUAUUUACUAUGUUUUUAAUAAUAUUUUUGGGAAUUCCUUAAAGUCAAUAAGCCCUACUGCAAAUUUGACUACGCAUGAUAUUCGUACAGCAAUUCGUAAUUCAACUGGUCCAAGACCGUCACUUUUCGUUCCCGAAUUGGCAUUUGAUUUAUUAGUUAAACCACAAAUUAAAUUAUUAUUAGAUCCCUCUCAACGUUGUGUCGAAUUGGUAUACGAAGAAUUGGUAAAAAUUUGUCAUAAUAGUAGCACUAAUGAAUUGGCAAGAUACCCCAAACUUCAAAGUAUGCUUGUUGAAGUUGUUAGUGAGCUACUGAAAGAAAGAUUGAUUCCAACACGAUCUUAUGUUGAAAGUUUAAUUGAUAUCCAUAGAGCAUAUAUCAACACAAAUCACCCUAAUUUCAUCAGUGCCGCUGAUGCAAUGUCAGAUAUUUUAAAUAAGAAGUCGAAAAUGAAGAACCUUACAAAAACUCAACCAAUCCAGGAACAAGGAGAAAUUAAACCAGAGGGUAGCAUGGAAAAGGCGCCAUCCUCCACUACUACUUCAACAACUGAGAAUGACGUGAAAUCCCAAAUUGAGUACACCGAAAUUUUGGAUGGUCAGGAUAUGAAACAAUCUAAGGAAUCCUUCCUUAACUACUUUUUUGGGAAAGAUGCAAAAUCUCAAGAACCACAGAAUCCAUUGAAUUUUGGCAGUAUGGAAACUCCUUUGAUAAGAAAUAAUAAUGACUUAAAUAUUCAGUUUGACUCAUUUAAUCUGAAUGACUUCAAUAAUACUGAUUAUUUGGAAACUGAUAAUAUUUCCUCAAAUUUAACAGAAAAGGAAGAACUCGAAUGUGAAUUGAUCAAACGCUUAAUUAUUUCUUAUUUCACAAUUGUAAGAGAAAUGAUACAAGAUCAAGUUCCAAAGGCAGUUAUGUGUCUUCUUGUAAAUUAUUGUAAGGAAACAGUUCAAAACACAUUAGUCACCAAACUAUAUAAAGAAUCUAUGUUUGAUGAUUUAUUGGUCGAGGAUCGCAUCCUAUCUCAAAAUCGUGAUAAUUGUUUAAACUUGUUAAAAACAUAUAAAGAAGCAUCGAACAUAAUAAAUGAAAUACUGUAA